CCUAGACUAACCCCUUCCGCCAAUGUCACCAUGACCACUGCCAUGGCCAAUGGCAUAGAAGAGGGAGUGCCACGUGCCUCGACCUCAUCACUCUCUCCGUCAUCUUCCUUUAAUGCCGGGAGGGGGGCGCUGGCCUCUGCUGAUGAUGCACACGACCUGGCUGCCGCGACAGCCGAUAUCCAAGCACUGCUGUCCUCCUCAAAGUUCAACGACCUCAGGACACUCGUCGAUGCUGCCCUGCAAGACUCCGAGCGGGCAAAAGUGGACCAAAGAGAAGUGUUCCUCUCACAUGCACCCACCCUUCUCUCCCUCGAUGCCGAGCUGGAGUCUUCCAUAUCCUCCCUCGAUCACCUCUCCGUCUUCCUCACUACCUUUUCGAACGACCUUGGGCUAGUCUCAUCGCAGAUCUCAAGCCUCGAGGAGAAGAGUAAGAGGAUUGAAGAGGAGCUCAAGGUGAAGAGGGCAUUACAAGCUCCACUCGAGAGGAUGCUCAAGGGAGGACUGGUUCUUGACCCAAGAGUCGUAGAGAAGAUCUUUGAGACGGAGCCGGACAGGUCAUGGGUAGAGGCUGUGAGGGAGCUGGAGAGGUCGCUAGAGGCCACCAGGAAGCCACUCGACCAGCUUGCUGCUGUAACGCCUACGUCCGCUGCUGGUCCGGGAGCCAGGAGCGCAAGGCGGUUCACAUUGACUCAAAGGACGUCUUCGGCUUACGAGGCAAAGCCGCCCAGCGACGAGGAGAGCAGCUUCAAGGCGCUGCACGAGGCCAGAGAAGUGGUAGAGGCGACCAAAGUAAUGGCUGCCUCCAAGAUCCGAGCUUAUCUCGUGUCUCCCUUCAACCUCCUCAAAUUAUCCGUCUCUACCAACCUACAGGUGCUUCAGACUUCCAUUCUCCUCCCCCACCAUCAACCCCUCUAUGCCUUUCUUGCGAGACAAAUGCCUCGAGUCGCGAUAGAUGUACAACGUGCUUACGUGUCAGCCGCACGAUUGUAUUUUGAAACUGGAUUCCGGAGAUAUGCUAGGUCUCUCACGCAAGUCGGAAAGAGAGGCUUCGCCGAUUCCGGAGGCGAGGGUGGCAUCGCAGACGUGGGAGGGGGACUUUUCGGCGGAGCAAAGAGUGAUAAAGACGUCUGGAUGACGGACCCUUCUAGGCUAGAGUAUGCCAAGGUCGCCGGACCAGGAGUGACCCUGGGGUACAUGGGAGAUGACGCAGCACACAAGGAGCCGCCCGAAGCUCUCUAUCGCUCCCUCGCCCUCGUCUUCUUCGACAAUGCUUGCUCGGAGUACACCUUCAUCGUAAGAUACUUUGAGACUCUGGUCUCCUCGCAGCGCCACCAUCAAGUCACAGGGCGACACAGCUCUGCGCGUAGGAGCUCAAGGGCGGCUGGAAGUGAAGGUAUAAUGAGCCCGACGGGUAGCAUACCUCCCACACCCAUCACCGAGUGGGAGGAAGGCGACACUUUCAGGACACAGGAUGACGACGGCCCUGCACCCUCUGACUCUGCAUCAGUAGCAGGUGGUCAGCUUCCGCUGCACUUGCGCGAGUCUGCAGGCCUCGGCGUCAUCUCCGAGGCCUCGACACCAACAUUCGAUGACGAGGAUGGAGACGAUGAGCAUCACAAGGGCGACUUGGUCCAACUGUCAAAGGCUGAGCAGUCCGCACUCAAGGGUCGGGGAGCCGCAGACGAAAUUUUCAAGAAGAUCUUCGAGCCAGUGACGGGCACAUGGCUGGCCUUCUCACGUUCUCUGCUCACUUCGACGACGCCUCUGCCCCUGAUGUCAUUGCUGUGUAUGAUACAGUUAACGGAUCAUCUACUCGACCUGAGCUCCGUCAGAGGCGCUGCCAGUGUCCUUACGGGACCUCUGCUGCAAUUCAAGAUGGAAGCCUGGCCACUCUUUCAACGAAGAUUUCAAGACGAAAUCGAAGCUGUGCUGCGUCUGGCGGGCGAGGAGCCCAGUAGCGGAAGCAGUGGCGGCGGUGCUGCUGCAGGGGGCUACAAGAUGAUGCAGGGAUGGAUGAACUCUGCUUCUGCCACCUUGUCGGGCGGAAGGUCGACGUCUGUGACAGAAGAGGGGCUGCUGCUGAUUGCGACAAGGUAUGGCAGCCUCUACUCUCAGGUGGCUCAGUUGACGCAUGUGGCAAGGCUGCCCGAGACCCUUGGCGCUGGCGUCAAUCGUCCAAGCAAUGGCGGCGGCAGCCUUCAUCCGCUCUCUGCUUCGACCUCGACAGUGCAAUCAUCAACAGAUGAAGAGUCCUCGUCCUCUUUGAUGCUCUUCUCCUCGCUGCUUCGCCUACGCAAUGCCCUGGAAAAGCUCCUGGACAAGAAGUCGGUAGAGAUGAGAAAGUCUGCAGGAGGCGAAGCAGCUGCGAGGCGCUUGAAAGCCGGUGUGGGCGCGAGAGUCAAGGUGAGCUUAGAAAAGGGGCCGGGGAGCAUCUCUCUGCAGAGGAUCCAGAGUGAGAUGAGCUUCUGGAGCGAAGUGGUCAGAAAGGCCGGGUGA